UCGCUGAAAAAAAACUCUACUCUUCGGUACAUACUUUAUUCACUGGGUGUGGUUUUAAGAGCCGACGCCGUUAGCCAGGAAACGGAGAUAUAUAUCCUCCCAUUACCUGGAAACCAUAUAUUUAUAAAAGUUACACUUCUAUCCAAGACGCAAAAUACAUAGACAGACAGAGACAUCCAAAGGAAAGAGGGAAGAUACAUACGUAUAACCGUAAAGUACUUUAGGGGCUGUCGAGGCCAGUUUCCUUUCCGCGUACUCUGUCUGAUGGAAAAAAGUUUUCGUUGAAGAAUCAGUUGUGUCGCCAGUUACUGAGGAGAAAAAAAAGAUCGAAAAUGCCGAAAACUAUCAGUGUGCGAGUUACUACAAUGGAUGCAGAGCUGGAGUUUGCCAUCCAGCCUAACACCACAGGCAAACAGCUUUUUGAUCAGGUGGUGAAGACAAUCGGACUUCGAGAGGUCUGGUUUUUUGGGCUGCAGUACCAGGACACAAAAGGCUUCUCCACCUGGCUGAAACUCAAUAAAAAAGUCACUGCCCAAGAUGUGCGCAAGGAAAGUCCCCUGCUGUUCAAAUUCCGGGCCAAGUUCUACCCUGAGGAUGUGUCCGAGGAGCUGAUCCAGGAGGCCACACAGCGUCUGUUCUUUCUGCAGGUAAAGGAAGGGAUCCUCAACGAUGACAUCUACUGUCCACCAGAGACUGCAGUGCUGCUGGCCUCCUAUGCUGUCCAGGCUAAGUAUGGAGACUACAAUAAGGAAGUCCACACAACUGGAUAUCUGUCCAAUGACAAGAUCCUUCCCCAGAGAGUCCUGGAGCAGCACAAGUUUAAUAAGGAGCAGUGGGAGGAGAGGAUCCAGGUUUGGCAUGAGGAGCACAAGAGCAUGCUCCGAGAGGAUUCCAUGAUGGAGUAUCUGAAGAUUGCUCAGGACCUUGAGAUGUAUGGCGUGAACUACUUCAAUAUCAAGAACAAGAAAGGAUCUGAGCUGUUCCUGGGAGUAGACGCUUUAGGGCUCAACAUUUAUAAGCAAGAUGACAAAAUGACACCAACCAUUGGAUUUCCAUGGAGUGAAAUAAGAAAUAUUUCCUUCAAUGACAAGAAGUUUGUUAUCAAACCAAUAGACAAAAAAGCGCCAGACUUUGUCUUCUAUGCCCCACGUUUGCGUAUUAAUAAGCGAAUCCUGGCCCUCUGUAUGGGGAACCACGAACUGUACAUGCGACGGCGCAAACCUGACACUAUUGAGGUGCAACAAAUGAAGGCUCAGGCCCGGGAAGAAAAGAAUCACAAGAAAAUGGAAAGGGCGCUGUUGGAGAAUGAGAAGAAAAAGCGAGAACUGGCAGAGAAGGAAAAGGAAAAGAUUGAGAAAGAAAAAGAAGAGCUGAUGGAGAAACUGAAGCAGAUUGAGGAACAAACAAGGAAAGCUCAGCAAGAGCUGGAGGAGCAGACAAAACGUGCUAUAGAGCUGGACCAGGAACGAAAGCGGGCCCAUGAAGAAGCCGAACGCCUGGAGAAGGAUCGCCAGAUGGCAGAGGAAGCCAAGAUGACCCUGCUGCAGCAGGCUGAAAGCCAGAUGAAAAACCAGGAACAUCUGGCUACUGAACUGGCUGAACUUACUUCCAAGAUCUCACUUUUAGAAGAUGCAAAGAAGAAGAAGGAAGAUGAGGCCCUUGAAUGGCAACAGAAAGCUACUACGGUGCAGGAAGACCUGGAGAAGACCAAGGAAGAGCUGAAGAACAAGGUGAUGGCUGCCCACGUGCAAGAACCAGUCCAUGCUGAGAAUGAGAAUGACGAGGAUGAUGAGAACAACGCCGAAGCCAGCGCUGAACUCACAUCUGCUGCAGCCUACAAGGACCGUAGUGAGGAAGAACGCAUGACAGAGGCUGAGAAGAACGAACGCGUGCAAAAGCACCUACUGGCUCUUAGCUCAGAGCUGGCCAACGCACGGGAUGAGACAAAGCGAACACAGAAUGACAUGAUCCAUGCAGAAAACGUGCGAGCAGGUCGGGACAAGUACAAGACCUUGCGGCAGAUCCGGUCAGGCAACACCAAACAGCGUAUUGAUGAGUUUGAAUGCAUGUGAUGCGUUUUGGUAAACAGAAUUGCUGGAACCACUACAGGGGAAUUAAAGGUGCCUUUUCCAUUUCACUUCAAACCUGCUUUACACAAGAUAUCUUGUAUUCUACAAAUAGGGAUAAUGCCGGACUAUCAAAACAAUCAAAUAUAAUGUUAUCAUGUUUGAAUACCAUUAUGUUCUUAAAUUCCUUGUGUAAGGUUCAAAGUACAUUCACAAAGUAUAAAAUGCAGAAUUAUUUGUUUAUUGCUUGGGUCCCAGUUAUCGCUAAGUGAUCAAGAAUUCAAAAUUUUUAUGUAGAGGUAACUUGUUAAAUACAGUGAAACUCAGGUGCAAUUAAAAUGUUAAAAUUACCUCAUUCUUCAAGGAAAGCUUAAAUCCAAAUAAUAAUAUGAAGACUCCUACUAGUAGUUUUUAAUUGUAAUUUGUACAAAAACAAAAAUAACAAUCUAACAAAGAAGCAGGUUUGUUGGUUUUCUGGAUGGCCCUCCACUGUUAGUCAUUUCAGUAAAUAAAAUUUCAGCAUCUUUAGUUUUGUCCUAUUAUAAAUUUUAAGCUUUUAAACGUUCACCAUUUAAGCAGGUGGAAUCAUUUGUUUAAGCACACUUUUUUUUUCUUUUUAAAGCCUUACAAAAAAAAUUAUGUGCGGUAAUGUUUGUCAAAAGAAUAACAAACAAAAAUUAAAAAGUCAAAUUCUGGGAGGCUGCAGUUGUUUUUUCCCCCUUUUUUGUAGUUGGAGCCACAUAUCUAAUUAUUUCUUGUAUUGAGUGCAUUUAUGAAUAGGAGUAGCUGGAACUAAAUAAGUUUUUUAUCUAACAGUUGAAUGUUUAGUUUCUGUUUUUAGAAAGCCUUAAUUUAAGCUUAGUGUAUCAGGGAUCUCAAACUCAGAUCCGAACAACAGGCCUGCUGUUCAGUUGCAGAACAUCAUGAUUGGGGUUGUGAAUGGCCUACUCAACAACUGUUAAUUGCAUCAUAAUAAAUCCAUCUGAGAUAUUUAUUUUGUCAUUGUAUCGUUUUAUUUCCAGACACACAAUAAAAUAUAAAAUUAAUUGAAUGCUGAAAUAAUUCACCAUCAGCCCUGAUUAAAACACUUCAAAUGACUUCUGCAGGAUACCAUUUUCACUAAAUUGAGUUUGAGACCCCAGAAUUAUGGCAGAUUUUUGGUUAUUGUGCUGACUUAAUUAAGCCACAAAAUGAUUUAUUACUACUGUAAAAGUUGCUGUGUAGCUUUUGUUAAUUAAAUUUUAUUAAAGUUGGAUGUCAUUUGGGUAAAAAGAUGUUGAUAUUGCAUUGUUCUUUGUAGCACAGAUAGACUCUCAAUAAAUUACAAGUUGGCUGCUUGAUUUUUUUUCAUUUAAACUGUUAAAAUAAAGUUUAAAAAUACAA